AUGUAUAUCAAACAGAUCAUUAUCCAGGGCUUCAAGAGUUACAAGGAGCAAACUGUUAUCGAGCCCUUCUCUCCCAAAACGAACGUCAUCGUUGGCCGCAAUGGCUCCGGAAAAAGUAACUUUUUCGCGGCAAUGCGAUUUGUCCUGAGUGAUGCAUACACUCAGAUGAGCCGCGAAGAGCGCCAGGGUCUGCUCCACGAGGGUUCAGGUUCGGCAGUCAUGUCCGCGUACGUCGAGAUCAUUUUCGAUAACAGCGACGAUCGUUUUCCUACAGGCAACAAGGAAGUUGUUUUGCGCCGAACUAUCGGACUGAAGAAGGAUGAGUACUCGGUGGACCGCAAGGUCGUUACCAAGACGGAUGUAAUGAAUCUCCUCGAGGCCGCGGGAUUCUCACGCUCGAACCCCUACUACAUUGUUCCACAAGGUCGUGUCACGGCGUUGACCAACAUGAAGGAGUCUGACAGACUGAAUUUGCUGAAAGAAGUUGCUGGCACUCACGUGUACGAAGCACGUCGCGCUGAGUCACUCAAAAUCAUGAACGAGACCAACAACAAGCGAGAAAAAAUCGAUGAACUACUGGAAUAUAUCAAAGAGCGACUAAGCGAACUUGAAGAAGAAAAGGAAGAACUGCGAGGCUUCCAGGACAAGGAUAGGGAGAGGAGAUGUCUUGAAUACGCAUACCACCAUCGGGAGCAGGUGACCAUCCAGUCUGCUCUGGAGGAUAUUGACAAUGCUAGACAAGAUGGUCUGGACACCAGCGACUCAAGUCGUUCAGAAUUUUUGAAGGGAGAGAAGGCGAUUGCAAAACUGGAUGCCGAGAUUCACAACCUGCAACGGGAGUUGGAGCUCCUGCAGAUCGAUCGUCGCCAACACGAAGAAGAUAGGCGAGAUGGUGCCAAGGCUCUAGCCAAAGUCGAACUCAAAGUAAAGGACCUGAAGGAUGGACAGUCUGCUCUAGAACAAGCUCGUUCGCAGCACGAAGCCGAACUGCAAUCGGUGCAGGCGGAGAUGUCUGAGAAAGAAAGUCAGUUGGCUAAAAUUCUGCCUGACUACAAUAAAAAGAAACAGCAAGAAAGUGAUGUGAGAAGGCAACUGGAUACGGCUGAGGCAUCACGGACUCGGCUCUUCUCCAAGCAAACUCGCGGUUCACGUUUUAAGAACAAGUCAGAGCGCGAUGCCUGGUUGAAGUCUGAAAUUGAAGAGUUGAACAUGACAAUGAGCACCCAGAAGGCCAACAAGCUGGAAGCCGAAGAAGAAGUUGCUAGGGUUCGGAAAUCCAUUGAUCAGACGGAGAAGGAGGUGGCUGAUUUACGGUCUCGUCUUGCCAACUGGAGUGGCGACCGAGUCCGGUUGGCAGAGGAGGCAACGCAAGCCAGGGCCCAUCUGGAUAAGUUGAAUGACGAACGGAAGCUUAUCCGUCGUGAAGAAGACAAAUUAAAUUCUGUCAUUGCCAAUGCCCGGCAGGAGAAGGACCAAGCCGAAAGGGAAAUGUCACACACCAUAGAUGGUGCAACAGCCCGCGGCCUGGCUACCAUUCGUCGCCUCAAGGCGGAGCAAGAUAUCCCCGGUGCAUAUGGAACACUGGCCGACCUGCUUGAGGUGAAUGAAGCCUAUCGACUGCCCGUUGAACAGACUGCGGGUGCUAGCUUGUUUCACUACGUUGUUGACAACGCUGAUACUGCGACAUACCUAGCCGAUAUUCUGUUCAAGCAACGUGGUGGUCGAGUUACCUUCAUGCCGUUGGCCCAAUUACGACCCCGACAAAUAACUUUCCCCCGCUCCAAUGACGCCGUGCCCUUGAUAAGCAAGAUUCAGUAUGAUCACAAGUUUGAAAAGGCGUUCCAGCAAGUGUUCGGCAAGACUGUCGUCUGUAUCAACUUAGCUGUGGCUUCCCAGUAUGCUCGCAGCCAUGGGGUAGAUGGUAUCACGGCCGAAGGUGAUACUACCAACAAGCGAGGUGCAAUGACUGGUGGUUAUAUUGAUCCUCGCAAGUCACGUCUGGAAGCAGUGCAUUCCGCGAACAAAUGGCGACAGGAGUAUGAGAGUCUAAUAGCACAGUCUCGAGAUUUACGAAGGCAGAUUGAGCUCAAAGAUCAGGAAAUCACAGGUGCCAUGUCUGAGCUACAAAAGCUGGAGCAGCGGUUACGCCAAGCUGAUGACGGUUUUGAGCCACUGAAGCAUGAGUUGCGAAACAAAUCUGCCCAUGUUGAGAACGAGAGAUCCCGCCUCGACGCUGCUUUAGUUCGCCGGGAUUUGGUGGACAAAAACCUGAAUGGGUUUCUGGAAGAAAUUGCAGCACACGAAGCUGAAAUAGGCACUGAGUUUAAAAAGAAUAUUACUCCUGCAGAAGAACGAGAGCUGGAGCAGCUGAGUACCCUCUCGCAACAGUUGCAAAAGCAGUGGAACGACUUGAGCAACCAGCGAAGAAAGCUCGAAAGGACAAAACAAUUUCUCGAGGUUGAUUUGCGUCAAAAUCUUCAACUGAAACUUGAUCAACUGAGCAGUCAGGCCUUCGAGAACUCGACAUCUGGUGGGUCAUCUGGAGGUAUGAAAGAGGCACAACGCGAGUUGAAGAAAGCUCAAAAGUCACUCCACGCUGUCGAAGCCAAUCUCCAGGAGACUGAAGGGAAAAUGGAACAGCUUGUUGGACGGAUUGACGAGCUCAGUGGAGAGAAGUCGCAGAGAGAGCAACGUCAAAACGAACUCUCUACAAGAAUAGAGAAGCAGCAGAAGAGGAUGGAGAAGACAAUGCAAAGAAAAGCGCUUCUUACAACACAGGCUGCCGAAUGUGCCAAGAAUAUUAGAGAGUUGGGCGUGCUCCCAGAAGAAGCAUUCGACAAAUACGAGAAUAUGGAAGCCAAUACGAUCACCAACAAGCUGAAGCGGGUUAAUGAAGCUCUGAAGAAGUACAAGCAUGUCAACAAGAAGGCAUUCGAGCAGUAUAACAACUUUACGACGCAGCAAGACCAGCUCAUGAAGCGACGAAAGGAAUUAGAUGCGUCACAAGAUUCAAUCGAGGAGCUUGUCGAGCAUUUGGAUCGACGUAAGGAUGAGGCCAUCGAGCGUACCUUCAAGCAGGUCUCCAAAGAGUUUGCAACCAUCUUCGGCAAGCUAGUUCCCGCUGGCCAUGGACGUCUGGUCAUCCAGAGAAGAGCCGAUCGCCGCCAGGAACCUGAGGAGUCUGAGGAAGAGGCGCGCGGCAGUGUCGAAAAUUACACUGGCGUAGGGAUCAGCGUUUCGUUCAACUCCAAGCAUCUGGACGAACAGCAGAGAAUCCAACAACUCAGUGGCGGACAAAAGAGUUUAUGUGCCCUUUGUCUCAUCUUUGCCCUUCAACAAACUGAGAGCAGUCCCAUGGUCAUUUUUGACGAGGUAGAUGCAAAUCUAGACGCCCAAUAUCGUACCGCCGUUGCCGCUUUACUAGAAUCGAUUUCUAACGAAGCUGGCACACAAUUCAUCUGCACCACUUUCCGUCCUGAAAUUGUCCACGUGGCAGACAAGUGCUACGGUGUGACGUUCCACAAUAAGACAAGUUCUAUCAAUUGUUACAGCGAGGAAGAUGCUCUGAACUUUGUCGAGGGGCAAGCCAAGCCUACCGGAACAUUGUAG